AACAAAAAUUCGGUUUCGGCUCAUGGCCGAUGACUGAAGACUGAUCAUCAGAGAUCAUAAUAAUAAUUUCCUUAAAAUUACAUCACAAGUCACAACACAAUAUUUAUUAUUUGCUUGAGUUCUUUAGUGAAUUAUCUCUUUUGUAAAUAUAAUUAAUAACUUAAAAAUCAUACAAAAUGCAUAGACGUAGGGCUCCGAACUUUACGUAUGUGAGUGGUUGUGUGAAAUAUAUGAUUUUUGUUUUAAAUUUCAUAUUUUGGUUACUUGGUGGAUUAUUGGUCGCUGUUGGACUCUAUGCAUUUAUUGACAAAUGGCAGGCUACAGGAAUGAUAAAGUUGGACACGGUUUACGACCUCAUGCUGAACAUAAGUCUCCUGCUUGCACUCAUGGGUGGGGUGGUCUUCGUAGUGAGUUUUGCUGGAUGUAUCGGUGCUCUGAGGGAGAACACCUGCCUCUUGAAAUUCUAUUCCCUGUGCUUGCUGAUUCUCUUUCUGGUGGAGAUGGGGGGUGCUGUGUGUGGGUUUGUCUUCCCACGGUCUCUGCACGGUAUCCUCGAGCUCAGCUUCACGGAGAGAGUGGUCCACGCUUACAGAGAUGACCCUGACCUGCAGAACUUCAUUGACUUCGCGCAGAGUGAUUUCCACUGCUGCGGCCUGACGUCUGAUGGUUACAUGGACUGGUCCAAGAAUGACUACUUCAACUGCACUUCGCCAUCAGUGGAAAGGUGCGGGGUUCCGUUCUCAUGCUGCAUCAACCCGACUGACAUCAGUUCAGGGCUAGUGAACAUCAUGUGCGGCUAUGGGGUGCAGAAUUAUCCGGUGGCUGAAGCCAGUAAGCGUGUAUGGACUAGUGGAUGCAUUGAGAUAGUUCGCUCGUGGAUGGAGCGCAACCUGUACACCAUCGCGACGGGAGCUCUGGGCGUGGCUCUCUCUCAGCUCUUCAUCAUAUAUCUUGCCAAGACCCUUGAAGGACAGAUCGAGUUGCAAAAAGCCAGAUGGCAAACAUGAAACAGGGGCUCGGCGGGCGCUUACCGGGAUGAAUGCAGACGAGCUCUGCUGUAGCGACCGGAAUUGAACCCGGAACCGUUCGCCGCGCAUAUCUAGUGCCAUAUGGUUACCGAGUGCAAGUGACUCAGUGAUAUAUUAUUAUUAAUGGUUUUAUUUGAGCCUUUUACACAGCGCUCAGAAAAAAAUGUCUGAGAAUCUCUUGACCGUGGGCUAAAUCUUUGUGCAGUAUAAUUAAAUUAUAAUUUUCUAUUGGUAAAAAUCUAAUAACGUAUGGUAGGAGCCCCUUUUGGUAAUAUUCCCAUAUUAAAAUUCACACAAGAAACUCAUUGUUCUAGAUUAAAUCCAAUUAUUGUAAGCUAAAAACCUAAAGUUGCUUAAAAUGCAUUGUAGAGAAAACACUUCGACUGGAAUCAAUGCGAAAUAAAUUCAAAUAUUGUGAAAUAGAUUUAAAAUAACUUAUUAAACGUCGAAAUCUACCACCCAUUCAAAAUAGUGUGCCUCAGACCCGAAAAGAAUGGGCGCAAGAAACUCAGCGGGCUUUUUUUAAAAUAAAAAUAUGGAUGACAGUGUAAUAUCAUAAAAUAAACAUUUAUAAUUAAAUAGCUUGAGGGUGUUCGCUUGAUUCCCAGUCUGUGAUAUGAUUAAGAAAAUAAAUUAUGUUAUGAUAACCUUUAGCACACAAACGUUUCUUAACAAUUCUUUUAAAUUUCGUUUCUGGGAUCAUGUUGUAGAAGCAUAUACAUCGCCAGACAAAAGACUUCCUAAGUCGACUUAACUGAGUAGUUAGUAGUAAAAAGCUUUCCACGUAAUCUCUCCGAGUCAGGGUGUGACCCAAGUCCCUUCAAAUUUUCUUCACUCACUUUCCAUCCUCAGUAGUAGAAUACGGUUUAGGCUACCCUUAUUGUGUACUUUGUCAAAACAUACUAUAUUCCUACAGCAUCUCUCUCAUGCAAAUUGCUUGUAUGAAGCCGACAAUGUCCCUAGGAGAGGAGGCUCUUAUAAACUUUGUCGGGGUUCAUGUCAUCUGGCUUCUUUCUAAAAUUGGGAUUGUCAUUGAAUAGAAAAAAUAGUAUGUAUUAUAUAUUUAGUUACAAUAAACACAGUAUUCACAUUAUAUUAUAAUUCAUAAACCACCACCAGUGGGAGGCUCCUUUGCACAGGAUGCCGGCUAGAGUAUGGGUACCACAACGGCGCCUAUUUCUGCCGUGAAGCAGUAAUGUGUAAGCAUUACUGUGUUUCGGUCUGAAGGGCGCCGUAGCUAGUGAAAUAACUGGGCAAAUGAGACUUAACAUCUUGUCUCAAGGUGACGAGGGCAGUUAAAAUACACUCAGAAUUUUUGGGGGUUUCAAGAAUCAUGAGCAAUUACCAGCAGGGCGUAUCAAUUACCAUCAACUGAACGUCCUGCUCGUCUCGUCCCUUAUUUUCAUAAAUAAAAAAAAAUCUAAGCAAAUAUAGUAUUAUACAUACAUAUACAGUUAUUACAAAAAAAGUAAUAUAAACAUGGCUUAGACACGUGUGUUGUUAGACAGUGACCUAACUAUAACAACAUCAGUGAGCUAACAAUAACGACGCCUAAAACGGAGUUUAUCUUUUUCUAUUACAAAACAGUGUUUAGCUUGUGUUUAACUAAAACGUCGUUAAGCACAACAUAAACUGAAGUGUACAGUAAAUAUAAAGGAACGCAAUUUUUGUCAGCUGUCAUCUAUCUGUCAUCAUAUAAUCUAUAUCUUCUAGAACAUAGGUUCUCAACGUGGGCGAUAACACCCCCUUGUGGGCGUUUGAGACUUUCAGGGGGGCAGUAGAAGACCCAGAGCAAAUUAGGGGGCAUUGAGAUGGCGCAGAUGGGGCGUGGGUAGAUUAAAAAAAUAGUCUAAAAAGGCAAAAAAAUACACGAAAAUACUCUAGAAAAAAAUAUAUUCUCAAAGUGGGCGGUGAGCAAAAUAAGGUUGAGAAACUAUGUUCUAGAAUAUGAGCUAUCCGUUAGACACACCAUAGACAAGCGGCGGCUCUUGUUUAAAUAUAAGCAAUGUAUAAAGAUUGUUGGACACUAAACAACAGAAAGACACAGAUUUGUAAUAUAAUUUUUUUAAAUCAAACGUUAAAAACAUGUUUAACACAGAAAGUGUUUGACACAAAUGAGUCACAAUAACAGAAAGUAUUAUAUAUAAGGUAACCCUAAUCUAUAUAUAUAAAAAUGAAUUGCUGUUCGUUAGUCUCGCUAAAACUUGAGAACGGUUGGACCGAUUUGGCAAAUUUUGGUCUUGAAUUAUUUGUGGAUGUCCAGAAAAGGUUUAAAAGGUUGAACAAAUAUGAAAAUACUCGGAAUUAAAUAAAAACAACAAUUUUGAUUUUCCCUUGAUGUGUCCCCGUCGUUCAGAUAUCAAAUAAAAAUAAUAGUUUAAAAUGAAUAACUAAUUAGAAUUUUUAAAUAUUUCUAAGGAGGUAAAAAAUAAACAUUCUUAAAACACGGGUAACAACACUUAAAAAAAAAGGAUUCCUUUUGUUUGUUUUAAGUUUUUUUAUUUUAUACAAAAGUUUAGGUAUUUUAUUUAUCGAUUGAGGCAGUACGAAGUCAUAUCUAAACAGUAGUGUAACUAUUAUUUGAGAUAUAUCAGUGAAGGUUUCAUUAAAAUCCAGCCAUCUCGAAGAUGAGUGGAAGAGAAAAGACAAUAAUUUAAAAAAAUGUAUUCUUUUAUUUUUUCGUUGUAAAUAUUUAUUGUAAUUGGUAAAAAACAGUUUUCAUGUGGUGGCAGAUAGAGACAAUCACUUAUUUAUAUGUAUUAUCUAUGUUAGCAUAAGUACUGUACAAAGAUUUGGCCCGCACAUAAACAAAUCUUUUCUCCCGUUGCUUCUAGAAAGUUCUAGAUUCAGGGCCAAGACAAAAGUUGCUAGUUGGCCAUUUUGGUAUUUAAAAUCUUCAUGCUUCACAUAGUAAUGCUAUUGUUGCCAAAGAUAUUUAAAGAGAUGGACCAACAAAAAUUCGCCCACUGAGCUACACUAAACAUGCAACCCGAGAUGAUAUACAACACAAAUGCUGAUUGUUUCCGUUACCUAUCACUGGUGCGUACAAUUGACUUACGGGCGUUUUCAAUAACCUAUCUAUCCUUAGUUUAACUUAAUAGAGGUAAGACAAAUCUAUCCUCUUACGCUUACUUACAUUAACCUAUCGACAUAAAUCAUUGGACUAUAACUAUGUUGGACAUAACUAUGGAUAGAUAAGAUCUUGUCAUUAAACGGUGACAGCAAUGUAUCCGUAACUAGAGAUACUUUAUUGGAAACGGCCGUUAGUUUACUUAAAAAUAUUAUCAGCGUCAUUAAAUAAACACAAGGGUAAAAAAAAAUUUGUUUCCUAAAUAUAUAAUGUGUUUGUUUGAAGAUUUCAAUAACUUACUUUAUAAUUUGGAAUUAUUCUUUUACGUAAUCGUACCAUAAUAAGGUUACAGUGCAAGGGCGCAUUGACGCGUCAUAACGCUUUUGGCUGGAAGCGAUGUGAUUGGUUGAUUGUAAUUGCGUCAAGGAGGCCACGCCCAUAGAAUAUGGAUGAUGCGGAUUUCAUAGCAAUAGUUUGUAGUGUCGGUCUAAUCUUUUUAAAUGUCUUUGUUUGUUGCUAUAGUGGCAAUAGUAGUAUACUUUUCAAAUAUGAAGCUGUGUUGUAAUUUUAUUAUCAGAUACAGCUUAUAGACUGACGUACCAAUGGGCGGAGUCUUAAUAACAGGGUAGUCCCGUUGGUAACUGUGAAUUAAUUUGUUGCCAUCGUAAGUAAAAAUGGUAGGUACAUAUUAUUUGGCAAUUGGUUUGACAGUUUAUUUAAAUUGUUCUAUCAAUAUUUGGUAUUCUAUUUUAACGGUAAUGAUUUGGCAAUUUUGGAGAUCAUUUUGAUAACGGAUAUUGACUUUAAUGAUUAUUGUAUAAUCAAACCUUUAUUGUGAACAUAUUAUUUACAACAAGUUUCUGACAAUUUUUUGAACUCAAAAGAGUUAUUAGACAUUAAGAUAUUUUGUUAAAUUAUUAUUCUCAACAAUUGUUUUUUAACUAUAAUCUUGGCAAGAUUCUUGUUUUGUAAAUUAGAACAAUUAAGUAGAGAUGUUUUGUAAAUAUUAUAGAUCGGUAGAUUGUUUUGUCAACUGGUACAUAUCUUAUUGUCCGCAACAAUCUAAAUUGUUUUCAAAAUUAGUGCAACAUUUUUUUUUAUAUUGUUUCGACACACAGACAGCAAUGAAAAAUAAGUUUGGGCUAUUUAACGUUGCAAACUAAUUCAGUUGUGCUAACAAUUUCAGUAUUUUACUAAAUAGGCUUUGUAACUAGGAUUUAAGGCUUAGGUCGCACUACGGUCUCUUCCCACGAACGGUUAUACUGCGAACCCGAUGAGACGCUUGCGAUAUUAAAAAUUGUGAAAUUGCGCUUUUUUCUCGGUUAAGAUUUCAAGAGAACUGUAUGUAUUGCUGCUCCACAUACAUAGAAAACAUACUAAGAAAUAGAAAAUGAGGACAGUGAAAAUUUUCGGUGCAUCAAUUCACUAGCCGUAGAUUUAAAAAGGUUAUUUUCUUAUGAAAUAUCAAGAAUUAAGAAUGGGUCUUGAGAAAUGUUUCUACUUCUAUAAAUAUUAGUUUCGAUAAAAUCUGUUAACUUGUACCAGGACUUCAUAUGCAGUUGAGAGGUUCACGCACAAUGCGGGUUUCACUUCUGACAGGUGUACUUUGUGCGCACGCAAUAUUUUGUUAUUUCAUUAUAUUAAGCUAUGGCAUAGCUUCUAUCGCCGGUCUUGAGCGUGGAGACCGAAUCCAGAAAUUCCGUAACGAAAAUAACCUAACACUUACUUACUAGAUGUAUGUAGAUAUUUCGGCACGGUCAUUACAGUUGCCGUGGAACAGCGGUUAUCACGUAUGCUUUUCGUGCAGAAGGUCCCAGGUUCGAGCCUGGGGUACAUCUUGAUUUUUUUAUUUAGUUUCACCUGUCCCGUUGUCUGUCUGUAAUCAAAUCUUGCAAGUUAAAUUUUACUCACUUCCCGUUUGCUUUUUUUAAAAUUAAUUUUAUCAAAAAAAAAACUGCAUAAAUAAAUAAUUAUAAUUGCAUAAGUUGAUAAAAAAUGCUAUGCAAUAGCUUUACCGCGGCAGUCCCGUGUGCCACACGUCUUUUUUUUAUUUUAUGAAUAAGUGAAGCAUAAUAUUAUAAAUUUUAUUUUUAAUUCGGUUAUUAUGCUGAUAUUAAUAUUUUAAUUGUGAAAAACAAAAUGUUUGACUUGCAGCAUGGUUUGAUGAAAUCACAUAAUUGCUCUUUUUAUUCUUCAAUCAAGCGUUUAAAAGCCGCGGCUGUUGCGCCGUCGUGCGCUACCUAAGCCUAAAUUAGAUUGAUCUCGACGCAUAGGGUCGAGACAGUUCGACUCCCAUUUAAUAACAUUCCUUCUAUGUUUUUAUUAUCUCUAGACAUAUUUACAAAUUAAGUGUAUAUUUAAUAUUAUUACUGCAUUUAAAAAUGAAUCUUAUUUGUAGUGCCGUAGGAAUUAUUUUAAGUGAUAUUUACUUACUCGAAUAAGUUAUAUAGCUAAGCUAGUUUAAAGUGAUGUAUGUUAGAUGAAACCUAAGAAAUAUAUUCAGUUUAAAUUCCAUUAAAAUCCUUAAUGGAAUUAGUUAUUUAUGUUUCAUUUCAAUGUUUAGUUGUUGCCUUUACCAUUUACAGUUAAUUAAGGCCCUUCGUACACAAGGCGACAUAAAAAUCCGAUAAUGUUUAAUACUUGGGUCCCGCAAGUCUUAUAGAGCACGGUUCGUACAUACGUCGUUGAUUCGUUGGUAAUAUGUUCUAGACAAUGCACCCAAUAGACUAUUCCUAAAACAAUGUAGACGCGAGUUGUAUUUACAACAAUUACCUACAGGUAUGCGUAUAAUGUGUAACUAACAUACGAAUGAAAAAAAAUCUCCUCAAGUGACACUGAAACCAAAGUUUUCUGUUAGGACAUUUUCUUUGCCGAAAGCACAGAAAAUGCCGUAACAGAAAAUAUCGGUUAAAUAUUGGUAUUAAAUUAAAUCAAACAUGUUAACUUUCUACUGCUUCCCAUGUUUCUUCCGUAAUAUAUAUUUAAGAAUAUUCUUUUAGUUUAUAAUUAAACAAUCAAGACUAUAUCUCGAUUUUAGAAACAAAUUUCAAAUUAAUUUUUUUGUCAUCUCGAAAAUCGCGAUAACUUUAUUAAAGAUGAUCUCGCCCGUAACUAUGCGCGCGACUUGCUUCGGCGACGCGUGUAUGUGUACGAAAUCUCUAUGACAUAGUAUUGCGGUCGUCGCUAAAUUCGUCGGAUAUAGAAAACUUGCAUAGCCUUGUGUACGAAGGGCAUAAGUCAUCGUUCGGGAUUCAGAGUCUAUUGUAAAUUGUCGAGCUUAAAGUAAAAUUUUGGCUGAACAUUAAUUUAACCCUUUCAGUAUACAUAAAAAUCAGUUUCUAACAAAACAAUCUUAAUAACAAAACUUCUGAAAUAAAUUUUUAAUAUUUUCUCACUUCUAAUUUUUAGAACAGCAAUAUCUGUUCUAAAAAUAUUUGUAAAUAGAUAAAAUAAAGAUAGAAUACAAUAGAAUUACCAUAUUCAUACAAUUUUAAUAUACUAGCGGCCGAGCUGGUCAAAAUUGAACAAGCAUUAUCGAAUGCUUUACCAAUUUUGAUUUAUCAAUGUGGGACUUAGCUAGAGCCCAGCCUGGCUGACUGUUUGCUACUUGCCAAUCAAAAUGGGUUACAGAAGCAAAAGAUUCGCUUUCCUUUUCUAUCUAGCUGUAUCUCCGUUAGAGAUGUUCUUCUUUUGAACGCUAUGUUCGUUUAUAUCCUAGUAUAUUGUGGCCAAAAUUACCGCAGUGUCGCAUUUGCUCAUUAAAAUAAGAUUUUAUGCCAUGUAUGUAUUAAUUACAUGUAUUAGUUCAAUUGUAUAUUUUUAAGACCUCAAAAAUAUUAAUAUUGAUCAGAUGUUUCUUGAUAUAAACUGUGGUAAAGAAGUUAAAAUAAUACAAAGUUAUUUUAUAUCGAUAAAAAAAAGCCGAUAUCGAUAAAUGCCAUGUAUGGGUAACAUUACCGCGGGUAAUGAGAAUUUGACAUAUGCUCACUGCCGAAUUAUAAUAAUCCAUAUAUUAUUGACAUAAUAAUAAUAAGUUAUUUGUAAUUAGUUCUAGCAAUUAGAGAAUUUACAUUUGGCCUCGAACAGGAUACUUUUUUUAUCUUAUUUAUUGAAUUUAUUUGUUUAAAUGAUCUCUGAAUAGCGGGGAGGCAAUUAAUUAUAUUUGGACAUUUCGGAUUCAAUUUGUAUUGUUUACUGGCAGAACUAUUCAAUGUUGCCAAGUGAAUUAUAGCUAUGUUUAUAUAAUAUUCAACAAAAUGUAUAUACCACCAGCUGUUUUAACUGUAUUCUUCCAUGUAUCGCAGUCAUUAGAAAAUAAAAAUAUUGAUUAAA